CGCCUCCACAUAAACCGGAAGUCCAGCGAAGAGCAAAAGUAGUUUGUCGUCAACAAGUUGAAGAAGUUGACAUUUUGUUGGAAGUCCAGUAAAUAAACACAACAUGUCGGGAUCUUCCAGCAUCGUGGCGAUGAAGAAAGUCGUCCAACAACUGCGACUUGAAGCGGGAAUAAACCGAGUCAAGGUCUCACAGGCUGCGGCCGACCUGCAGCAGUUUUGUCUUCAGAACGCCCAGCAGGACCCGCUGCUGACUGGCAUGUCGUCCAGCAACAACCCCUUCAGACCGCAGAAAGUUUGCUCCUUCCUGUAACUUCCAGCCUUGUGUGAGGAUUUAU